AUUUUUGCAAAUCGGGCUAGUAGUCAUUUUAUAGUUGUGAUAAUGAAGUGCAGUAAUACACUCCUAUAUUUUUCAAAAACAUUUUCAACUUAAUGUUUACGUUAUUACAUCAAUAAAACAAAUAUGGAUUGCGUGAGCUUUGUUUUAAGCAUAUGCGCUUUUAUAAUUGCAGGAUAUAUAUGUAUUCCAGGCGACGGAGACAAAAUUGUGCCAUCGGGUUUUGAAAACUUUAACUGUACAGAAGUGAUUAACUGUACGUACCAGUACGAUCCUGUAUGUGGUUCAGAUGGUGUUACCUACGACAGCAUGUGUCACCUUAACGAGGAAGUCCAAAGGCGUGUGUGCGAGAUUGGAGACUUUAAUCCAAUAGCUUUCGUCAGCAAAGGGAACUGCUCUAAGACUGCGUACUACGAUGUCCCGAUAACAGAUGAUGAUGAUGAUGGUGAUGCUGAUGAGAAGAACAGUGUGCCGUAACCGAUUUUUGACAGCUAUCAAGUGUUUUCUUCUUUUAAAACAAACAUUGGAUGUUUAUAUGCAUUAUCAUUUGCGUAAAAAUAUCUGUUUGAACAGAUGUUCAGUAAUCGAAAUAAAAUCAUUUUAUUCGAUUUACGCAGCAUGUUCUUCGAGAUACAUUGAAAUUACCACGUGUAUGAAGUGAAAAAUACUCUUUGAAUAGAUGUAGCUUUGAGUGAACAAAUGUAGUUCUAUAAAAAAAAGUAUAUGUGUAAUCAUAGAAAAUAAAUAUAAUAUUAACCCUUAUCCUGUUAAAUUUCUAGAAUGAACUUGUCCAUCUUUCAGUUUGGACAGUACCAUUAACUGUUAAAAGUGAUGCUUACCGAAAAGAUACUGAUUGAAUGGCGAACAGUGCAGAUCAUGAUAACAAUGCAUGGAUGUGUAGGCUGAUCAUGAUCUACACUGGUCGCAAAAGGUAGAAUCAAUCGUGUCCAGCGUGAUAAGGGUUAAGGCGCUAUUGAUGCAAGAGGAGAUUUCGUUAGUACAGUUAAACUGCUGUAAUGUAAAUAGGACAUUCAUAUUGCGACAAAACAAGACAAAACAAAAAAAAUGUUGUUGCGCUGUACAUAAAAAAGGCUCGAAGAAAUACUCCGAAACUGAAAUGUUCUUUGAGAGAACUUGAAGUGUAGAGAACGAUUUCAGUUAGCAUGUACAUGUAUUGACAAUGAAACAGACGACACUGCUCCGGUGUAUAUAGUAGUCGCAACUUGAACGUGAUAGUUGACCAUCGGCUGAUUAUUCAUGUCGAUUAUUUUAUUGUAGAAAUAAAGGGCGAUUAGGAUGGCCAUGUAUAUUUAUAUGGAAUUAGUUUGUUUACAGAGCAUUAUCAAAGUAUGUAUACUUACAUUUGAUCAGUUAAAACUUUCCAAUACACUAAUUUAUAAUUUCACAAAUUUAUAAUUCCACUUUCUCAUGCAGCUCGUGUUUUACGUACACUCCUUUUCAAUAAUAGGUUGCGCCUCAUUAUGUAUUAUAAUACAAAGAUCAACCAUCGGGGUCAAGUUGCGUCUACUUUUUUUUUAUAUACGUAUUGUGUCACUUUAGUGUCACUUUGGACUGCGUUUGAUAUGUUUUAAGCAGUAUUGCAAAUGUACUGAAAACAAAUGUUCAAGAAAUUUUCAUAUUCACGCUUUAAUCAUUUUGAUUAGUUCAUGCAUUUUUCGGUUAUAGAAUCAUCGCAUAAUAAAUGUAGUGGUUUAAUUUGUUAUAUAUAACUAAACCUGUCACCGUUGCAGAAAAAAAUGUAUAAAUACGUAUUGCACAAUGUACAUAAUAAAACAAUGUGUUUGAA